AUGGAAACGACGAAGAUGACAAAUACAGAUGAAGCUCCUCCUCUGUUCCAUCCUCUAUCAUCAUCUCCAUCGUUUUCAUCACUUCCAGAUGAAAUCGUUGUGAGUUGCUUAGCUCGGAUCCCGAGAUCUCACUACCGUUCCCUGUUAUUAGUCUCCAAGAGCUUCUACUAUCUUUUAUCUUCUCCGGAGAUGUACAGUGCCCGAUCCCAAAUCGGAGCCACAGUGCCUUGCCUCUACGUGUGCCUGUGGCUACCCAAGCCCAAGAGUCAGAGGAGCUGGUUCACUCUCAUGAAUCCGGCUGAGGGUGAGUCUAGUUUAGCACCGGUACGUUUCUCUUCCUCCUACGCUCCCGUUGGAUUAGACUCAACCACUGUCACUGUCGGUUUUGAAAUUUACAAAAUCGGCGGAACCGUCGCCAACAAGCUAACCAUAGCCGUUCGUGUGCUCGAUUGUCGGAAUCACACGUGGCGUCGUGCACCAGCUCUGUUAGUGGCAAGGAAAGGCGCCAAGUCUUGCUUUUUAGACGGGAAGAUAUAUGUGAUUGGAGGAUGCAGGAAGAGAAAGAGAUCCAUGAUUUGGGGUGAAGUCCUCGACAUAAAGACUCAGACUUGGAAGCCAUUGUCUAGCCCUAGUGAUAAUAAUGGACUCGAUCCGAGUGAUCACGAAGUUGUAGUUUUGGGGGGAAGGCUAUACGUUAUCACCAAGCAUGACAAGUAUGCAUAUGAUCCGAAAGAAGGAAGAUGGCUACUAGAGAUGGGUUUUGCGGGUCUUGAAGAACCUAUAAUAUCCAGACCUUUUUGCGUUAUAGAAAACGUGGUGUUUGCUGCUCAUGGCGGUAAGUACAAGUGGUAUGACUCUAGGCCUGGAAUGUGGUCAGUGGUUAAGAAUUUGGAUAUUCUGUAUGCGAAACAUCCUCGUAAGAACCGUACGAUUCAACUAGUUAACUAUAGUGGCAAACUGGUAAUUCUAUUGCACGAGGAGUUGAUGACGAUUAAUUGUUGGGGGCAAAUUCGCACCCAAUACAUGAGAAUUUGGUGUGCGGUGAUUAGGUUGGAGAAGCGUCUGAGUUCUUCUGGGUCGGAGGAGAUUUGGGGGGAGCUUGAAUGUUGCAAUGUUGUUGUGCCUACAGUUCCCAAAUAUAAGCUCUUGUCCUGUCUAUCAGUUUCGGUCUGAAACUCAUCUUUGCU